AUGGACGCCUCGGCGAUGCCUGUAUUUGGCUCUCGCCUCAACGCCGUGACGGCCAUCGCCCUCGGCCUUCUCUCCAUCUUUGUUGUGUCCGUCGUCCAGCAAUAUCUUUGCUGGCGUCGGAUGCCUCCCGGCCCGCGACCGCUGCCGCUGAUGGGCAAUAUCCACCAGAUUCCGCGUUCCUAUCCAUGGCGGGGAUACGCCGACAUGUUCAAGCGAUAUGGACCGCUUGUCACGAUGCAGUUUGGACCCCAAAAGGCAGUCAUGAUUGGGUCGGUAGAGGUGGCUCGCGAUCUCCUGGACAAGCGCAACUCCAUCUACAGUUCCCGCCCGCGCGUCCCCAUGAUACAGGAGUGCAUCUCGAGGAAUUUCCGCAUUCUGUUUCUGCCCUACGGCUGCCAGUGGCGGACAUACCACAAGCUGCACGCAUCCGUGCUCAACGUGCGCGUGUCGGAUGCCUACCGUCCUCUUCACGAUUUGGAGAGCCGCCAGUUGCUGCUGGACCUGUCCGAGGCCGAUGCCGGGGAGCGCUUUGCCUUUCAUUUCUUCCGCUACUCGGCGAGCCUCAUUUACAGCCUUGCUUAUGGGAUCAGGCUCCCAAAGGGGGAUGAGCCGGAAGUCAAAGUCGCGUACCAAGUCAUGGAGGAGCUGAGCCAGGUGUUGCUGCAAACCUGGGCCGUCGACAUCCUGCCUUGGAUCAACGUGCUUCCCAGAGUGCUGGCACCGUGGAAGCGCAUUGCUGACAGAAUGCACGACUUCGAGUCGUCGUUUCUUGGGGGCCUCGCGGCAUCCGCGCAGCAGAAACCGGGAUGGAACUGGUCGAAAAACAUGCUCACGAUGAAGGAGAGCAAGAACAUGUCGCGUACGGAGCUCGGUUACAUCUUGGGGGUUCUCUACGAAGCCGGCAGCGACACCACGGCGAUUGCGCUUUCAGUCUUUGUGAUGGCCAUGAUUCUGUAUCCCGGUGUCGCACGCAAGGCGCAGAGGGAGCUCGACCAGGUGGUUGGCCCGGACCGGAUGCCAACUUUUGAUGACUUGGAUCGCCUCCCAUACAUCCACGCCAUCGUCAAGGAAACGCUUCGCUGGCGUCCAGUCAUACCCGGUGGGAUCCCUCACGCCGUCACGGAGGAUGACGAGUACAAGGGUUACCACAUUCCCAAAGGAUCCAUGAUUAUCCCAAAUCUCUGGGCCAUGGCCAUGGAUGAGCGGCUGUUCAAGCAGGCUGAGCGUUUUAUCCCCGAGCGUUGGAUUGAGAACCCUGCCCUACCCCUAUUCCCCUUUGGCUUUGGGCGUAGAGUGUGUCCAGGACAGCAUGUCGGCAAAAACUCGCUGCUGAUCAACACGGCGCGAAUGUUGUGGGCGUACGACUUCGAACAUGCAUACGAAGUGCGAGACGGGGUCAAGGUCCAAUGCCCCGUCGAUGCCAUGGCGUUUACCAACGCUUUUAAUUCGCAGCCCCUUCCUUUCAAGGCUGCCAUCAUUCAGCGUAGCGGGAAUGUCCGCGAGGUCAUGCAGCGUGAAUGGGAUUUGACCGAAAAGGAUCAUCUCGUCCACUUGGAGCAUCUGCAGGCCAAAAUGGAAAACAUGGCAAGGCACAAUGACCAAGCCGCCGAAGACAAGUAA